AUGACUCCCCCACCCCGUGUAUCAGGGGCGGAGCUCGACUGGGCGGCCAAGGCGCGGCUCUGGGCGGAGCAGCGGGCGGCGCAGGAAGCGGCGGACGCAGCGGCGGCGGUAGCUGCGGCGGCAACAAAUAAAGAAGCAGCAGCUAACGGGGACAAGGAACCGCCGAAACAGGAUACUGCAGCAGCGGAUGCGGCGGGGGGGGCGCCGGGAACGCAACAGCAGGAUGUGGGUGCGGGGGGCGGGGGAGGCGGAGGAGGCGGAUACGGGGGGUAUGUCGCUGCUGACGGGACGUAUGUGGGUGGUGGGUAUGGCGGGAGCUCCGGGGCAGAACAGCAACAGCAGCAGCAGCAGCAACAGCAGCAACAGCAGCAAGAGCAGCAGCAGCAGCAGCAGUACUAUCAGCAGCAGCAUUACCAGCAGUAUUACUACCCGCCUGAAAUGCACCAGCAGCAGCAGCAGCAGCAAAUGUACAUGUACCCACCUCCACCUCCUUCCCACGGCCCGCCUCUCCCCCCCCACACGCAUCCCCCCGAUCCCGCGUCGUUCUACCCGCCGCAGUACCCCCCUUCCCCGAUGCAGUACCCCCCUCCCCCCGCGCAAUUCCCCCCUACUGCCCCCGCUGGUUCGUACAACGGAGUGUACUCGGGAUAUGGGGACGCAAAUGCGCCUGACGCAGCAGCAGCGGCAGCAUCAGCAGGAGCCGGUUUUCCCCCGCAGCACGCGCACGAGCAGCACUACCAGCGCCUGCCCCCGCCACCCCCCCCUCCGCCGCUCCUCUCCGCCCCGCCUCCCGCGCACGCCUCCUCUCUCCCCCCUCCGCCCGCCCCGCCGCCAGCAGCAGGGGCGGCAGCAGCGUACGCGCCGCCAGCCAAUCAGGCAGGAGACAUGUCCGUGCUCUCACCAGCGGUGCUGGCGGCGGCCCAGGCGGCAGCAGCCUCUGCAGGAAUGUAUUUUGAUCCGGCUGUUUAUGACAUGGGAGGGGGUGGCUCUGUCACUCCUGGCGCUAAGCCAAAGAAGUCCCUCCCCUCGUGGCUUGUGGAUGAGGUCAUCAAGAAGAAGGCAGCCUUAGCAGCAGCAGGAGCGGCAGACUCACCCGCUAAAGCGCCCCCCAAGGACAAAUGGUACAACGAUAGAGGCCCUCUCGCUGGAACUGGUGCUGGCGCUGGUGGCGCCUCUCGUGCUGGUGGUGGGGGGAGAAGGGGUGUGGAGAGUGACGAUGAGGAGGAGGACGAGGAGGAGGAGACGGAGGUGCAGCGGCGGAUGGCGAUGAACAAUGAGAUCAAGCGCGUGCUCACAGAAGUGCUGCUUAAGGUGGGUUGGAUGUUGAGGGCAGUCGCAUGUGAGGGGGAUUGCACGCACUGCUGCCAGGUGCAGCGGCGGAUGGCGAUGAAUAAUGAGAUCAAGCGCGUGCUCACAGAAGUGCUGCUUAAGGUGGGUUGGAUGUUGAGCCGUGUGCUUAAUUCGCCACUACACCGUCUCUCCCCGGCCUGCCCCAUCCUCUCCCCCUUGUCCCAAACUUUCCCUCCCGCACCACCCUCCCCCUUGUCCCGCGCUUUCCCCUCCGCACCACCCUUUCCCCUCCGCACCACCCUUUCCCCGUUGUCCCACACUCUCCCCCUGCCCCGACCCCUCUCUCCCUGCCAACAGGUGACUGACGACAUGGUGAGGCGGAUUGCCAAGGAUGCUCUUAGGGAUCCCCGCGAGGAGGACGACGAGGAGGAGGCGGAGGAGGAGGAGAAGGGGAAGAAUGUCAGUGGAGGGAAAUGGGUGACAGUGGGUGAAGGGGAUGAGGAGGAGGAGGAGGAGGAGGAGAAAGGGGCCGAGGGGGAGAAGGAUGGAAACAGGCGUAUGGAGGAUGAUGAUGAGGAGGAUGAGGAGGGGGAGGGGGAGGAGGAGGACGACGAAGAGGAUGAGGAGAAGGAGGAGGAGGAGAAGGAAGAGGAAGAGGAGGAGGAAAAGGAGAAGAAGGAGGAGAAUGAAGUGGGCAAGAGUAAGGAGGAGAGCAAAGAGAAGAAAGGAAAAGCUGAUGCUGAUGCUGAUAGUGACGGCGGCAGGAGUGAAGAGCGGGGGAGGGGAGGCAGGCACGGGCGAUUAGACAAAAGGAAGGAGGCAAGCAGGAAGGGCAGGCAUCGCAGCAAGUCUCGCUCCCCGUCCCCUCAACCCGAGCAGUCAGGCAGUGGUGGAGACGAGGAGGAGGAGGAUCGUGGCAGGUAUGCCCUCUUCCAUGCCCUACCUACCCUCCCCACCUCAUCGCUCACUUCUGCUCGUCCUCCUUUGCUGUGUUAUUCCUGUCAAUGA